AUGGAUAAUAGAAAUGAUGAUGACCUCCCUUAUGGGCCUUGGCUUAAGGGUGCAAGACUCCCAACGAAUGGCUAUGAUCGCUACUGUACGGAUUUUUCUAAGACCAAUGCUUGGCCUCUUUUGACACGGUUGGCUCACCAAUCACUUUCCUCUGCUGUUCCACAACUACACACCAGCAAUAAGCCUCAUCCUAGGUCGCUGCAUGUCAAUGAAGGCCCCUCCACCCUUGCAAUCUCCACUAGCCCCCUCACAACCAUCACCCUGCCCACAAUCUCAACAUCUUCACAGCCCUGCCUUACACACACAGUUGACCAAACAUCUUCCUCUUUCCCAACUCCUACCAACUCUUCCAUAACCCAACCAAUCUCCUCUUCUAUAACACACGGUUCACCUUUGCCUUUAAACAAAGAUACGGGUGCUAUUGGUUCUUCUCCAAAUAUUUUUGCUACUUAUCCACCAUCCACACCUACUACACUCCCAAUUCCCUCACCCAAACCAUGGCCAUGCUCACCUUCACCCAUGAAUCCAACCUUUUCCUCACUCACUACUACUGCCACCAUAACCUCAGCUUUUUCCCAUGGCAUUACUGCUGAUGCAAGUGGGAAAGAAAACACUCCUCCUGCCCCUACCAUAAAGAGACAAUGUGAUGCUAUCUCCAUGAGGAAAAUCCUUAAGCGCUGGCGUGGUAUUGGGGGUCAAUCGGCUUCCCACUCCACCUUUGAAGUUGUCCUUGAAUCUAUGGUUUCUUUAGACGAGGAUUCUAUUGAUUCUUUUGACUGUCCGGCGACGGUUGCUUCGCAACCUCGCCAUUCAUCAUGA